GAUGGAGGACCCUGUGCAGCUGAAGGAGGAGGGGAAUAAGUACUUUCAAGGCAACGAUUAUGAGAAUGCUAUUAAAAGCUACUCCAAAGGACUUAAACUUGCUAAAGAUCCAUCACUCCAGGCUGUGUUAUAUCGAAACCGAGCAGCAUGUUUUCUGAAAAAGGAGAAUUAUGCCCAAGUAGCAUCAGAUGCAACUAAAGCUAUUGACAUCAACGGUUCUGAUAUUAAAGCUUUAUACCGACGUAGCCAGGCUCUGGAGAAACUGGGCAAGUUGGAUCAAGCCUUCAAAGAUAUCCAGAGAUGUGCCACCAUUGAACCUCGGAACCAAAGUUUCCAGGCGGCCCUUCGACGUCUGGGCACUAACAUCCAGGAGAAGUUACAUGUUCAAUUCUCCACUGAUGCUAGAGUGCAGCAAAUGUUUGAAAUCCUCCUGGAUGAAAAGAGUGAGAAAGAGAAGCGAGAGAAGGCUGCAAACAACCUCAUUGUUCUUGGCCGAGAAGAAGCUGGAGCACAGAGGAUAUUCCAGAACAAUGGCUUGAAUCUGCUUGUGAAGCUGAUAGAAACUAAAAAUCCUGAGCUGAUCCUGGCAGCAGUAAGGACCCUUUCAGGGAUGUGCGCAAGACACAGAGCACGGGCCACUGCCAUACUCCACAUGCUGGGGAUCAACAAAAUCUGCUUGUGGAUGUCCAUAGAUCAUGAAGAGAUCUCGCUGGCAGUCUCCAACCUGCUGCAGGUCAUCACUGACUCUUUAACUGGAGAAGGCAAGAAGGAAGAACAUGGGAAGGAGGAUGCCCUGGUGCUGGACACAAAAAAGGAUAUGAAGGCGAUCAUCAUUCAUCUUCUAGACAUGCUUCCCAGUAAAAAGGUAUCUGGACAAGGCCGGGACCGGGCUCUCAAUUUACUUAACAAGAACAUACCAAGACAGGACCAGAGAAUCCAUGACAACAGUCGCACUAUAUUUGUAAUUGACAAUGGCCUAAAAAAGAUUUUGAAAGUUGCUGGCCAGAUUCCAGACAUGCCUGACUGUCUCCCUUUAACAGAAAAUACACAGCUCACAGCUUCAGUUCUUCUGAACAAAUUGUAUGAUGACUUGCGAUGUGACCCAGAAAGAGAAGAGUUCAGAGUCAUCUGUGAAGAGUACAUCAGGAGUAAAAUUGACCCCAAGGAUAUGGACAAGACUUUACAUGCCAUCCAGACAGUGUCUGGAGUUCUACAAGGACCUUUUGAUUUGGGAAACAAACUGCUGAGCAUGAACGGUGUCAUGGAGAUGAUGGUGGCACUUUGUGGCUCAGAGAGAGAGAUUGACCAGCUAGUAGCUGUGGAAGCUCUCAUCCACGCCUCAACCAAACUGAGCCGGGCCACGUUCAUCAUCACCAAUGGAAUCACCAUGCUGAAGGAAAUUUACAAGAAGACCCUGAACGAGAAGAUCAAAAUCAGAGCUUUGGUGGGGCUUUGCAAACUGGGCUCUGCUGGAGGAACUGACUAUGGCCUGAGACAAUUUGCAGAGGGAUCCACUGAAAAGCUAGCAAAACAAUGCCGCAGAUGGCUGUGUAACCCCACCAUUGACACCCGUACUCGAAAGUGGGCAGUGGAAGGUCUUGCGUACUUGACUUUGGAUGCCGACGUGAAGGAUGAUUUUGUGGAAGACGAGCCAGCCAUGCAAGCCAUGUUUGAAUUAGCCAAGACAAGCGACAAGACUAUUUUGUACUCUGUGGCCAGUGUCUUGGUGAACUGCACCAACAGCUAUGAUGUCAAAGAACUUGUCCCUGAACUUGUCCAGCUGGCCAAGUUUUCUAAGCAGCAUGUGCCCGAGGAACACCCCAAGGACAAAAAAGACUUCAUCACAAAGCGAGUGAAACAUCUGAUCAAAGCUGGAGUCAUCUAUACCUUGGUCUGCAUGGUGAAGGCAGACAGUGCUAUUUUGACAGAUCAGACCAAAGAACUUUUAGCUAGAGUUUUCCUUGCUUUGUGUGAAGACCCCAAGGAUCGUGGUACCAUUGUUGCUCAAGGGGGUGGAAAGGCCCUUAUACCACUGGCCCUAGAAGGCACAGAUGUUGGCAAAAUAAAAGCAUCCCAUGCCUUGGCCAAGAUUGCUGCCAUUUCCAAUCCAGACAUAGCAUUUCCAGGGGAGAGGGUGUAUGAAGUUGUGCGGCCCCUGGUCAGUUUACUGAAUACUGAGCGUGAUGGGCUACAGAACUAUGAGGCAUUGUUAGGACUCACCAACUUUUCUGGAAGAAGUGACAAACUCAGACAAAAGAUCAUCAAAGAGAAAGCUCUACCAGACAUUGAAAACUACAUGUUUGAAAACCACGAUCAGCUCCGACAAGCAGCCACAGAGUGUAUGUGCAACUUGGUGGUCAAUAAAGAGGUUCAAGACAGAUUCAUUGCUGAAGGAAAUGACAGACUCAAGUUGGUUGUCCUGUUGUGUGGCGAGGAUGAUGACAAAGUCCAGAACGCAGCUGCUGGGGCCCUCGCAAUGCUCACUGCAGCCCAUAAGACACUCUGUCAUAAGUUAACCCAAGUGACAACCCAAUGGCUGGAGAUUUUGCAGAGACUUUGCCUUCAUGAAAAGCAGGACAUCCAGCACCGUGGGGUGGUGAUUGUUUACAAUUUAAUCCACGCAGACCAAGAAUUGGCAAAGAAGUUGGUGGAGAGUGAGAUGCUGGAAAUCCUGACCAUCAUUGGUAAAGAAGCAGAUGAUCCUAAAAGACAACAUAUUCUCAAUGUGGCUCGGGAAUGCCUUGUGAAGCUCAUGGACUAUGGGUUGAUCAAACCCUUGUCUCAGCCAUAAAGAAGCAAGGAAAAAUAAAAUGACGCAGAUCAGAGAUAAAGGAGAAAUGGAAUGAAUAUGUACAGGAGAAGUGAUCAGAAAAUUAAAAAUUGUUUUCAAAGUUGUCACACUUUAUGCUUUUGCCUUCAGAAAUAAUAUCCAAAAUAAUUCCUAAAAAGUUUGCUUGGAGGGUCCCAAAAUUUUGUCCUGGCUAACAAAAUUAUUUUUUUAAGUGCCUGCCUAGCCAAAUUCUUUGACAGCAGGAAACCUCUAAAAUCAGAGUACCUGAUGUGGCAGUCAGGUAUGCAAUGUGCUUGGUAACACCUCAGUUGGUGCACACCACUCUUCCUGGUCUGACUGAAUCUACAGUGAAAAAAUAAAUAACCAUCUCAAGUAACUAUCUUUAUUUCCAACAAUGUUUUACACCUCUUACAGACUCUAGGGGCCGUCUUAGAAAAUGAAAAUGAUAGGGAGCUGCAGUCCAGUGAGAAAAUCCAGAAAAGAGAAAAAAGGAAGGAAGAAGAAAUUUCUGGAGACUGGGGAUGAGAACUAGAGGAGGUGUUCCUAGAAACAUAUUGUCGUAGAAUUACAGAGUUGGAAGAGAAUUUAAGAGUUCAUGUACGCCAACCCUCUCUUCUGUGUCUGAUCCACUAAAGCAUCUCUUACAGAUGACCAGCCAGCCUCUGUCUAAAGACUUCUAGCAAAGGAGAACUUACCCCAACAUGUGGUAGCCUAUUCCACUGGCUGGCAGCUCAUAGAGUCAGGAAGUUCCUCCUGAUGUCUACCCUGAACCUCCUUCCUUGUAAUUUUAACUCACUGUUGGUGGUCUUGCCCUCUGGGACAAUAGAAAAUAAGUGUCUCCUCAAUUCCCUCAUCCAAGUAACUGAUUAAAAGGUUAAGCAGCACAGUGUCCAGCAUAGAGCCCUGUGACAUUCCACUCAGUACUUCUCCAAGCUGAAAUGGAGCCAUUAAUGAGCACUCUGGUCAUUCAGCCAACUGUGAGAACUUCUAACAGGAAUGUCAACUAGGCCAUACCUUAUGAAGGAAAAUAUCAUGCACUCUGAUGAAGGCUUUGCUGAGGUCCAGGUACAUUAUGUCUAUGUCAUUUCUCUGAUCUACUGAGCUAGUAACUCUAUCAAAGAA